AAGCGCAGGUCCAGAGACCGUGAGCAAAUAAACGACUUAACUAAGGCAAGACGGUUGCUUAUAAAAAGCAUUGUGAGAACUUUGGAAGAGUCAGUUCCCAUUUGAGAUUCCAUCGAUUUACAACGUUAGAAAGAUUCGGACACGGUAGGGGUUACAUUUGAAUCAACAAAUUAUAAACCGCAAUGUUCUUGCUUCGAAUGACUCAAUUUUUGCGAAGGAUGCCGCACAAGCCUACCUUGAUGUUUUUGCUGUUGUUGGUUAUUGUCACAACUUCGUUGGAUAAGACUACUGCAAAUCUUGAAACAGAACCACCACAAACUACCACCCCUGAACCGGACGCUUCUCCAGGAUGCAAGCCCCCCGAUAUACGAUUCACUGUCAUUAGGCCAGAGACAACAACUCACCAGCCGUAUGCAAAAUUUGAAACGACGCCUGUGUAUUCGCCAGAUGAUUUGACAACAGCAGAUGUUGAAUUCGUUGAAAGGAUUAAUAUUGACCUGACAGGACGUCAUAACGGCAAUCAAAUGGGCGGCAUUGUGAACCCCUAUCAGGUCAGUAUGAAUGAUCAUCAAGCAGCUGCAAAUUUGCAUGCAAGCGAUAUGGCAGCAACGGAUGAGGACGAAGGAGAUGAGGAUGAUAGUUCGGACAGCGAUGGAGCUACGCCAAAACCCCAAAACCGCAAAAAUGGUGCCAAGAAACGACGCACCAGCCAGGGUCGACGGCGACGCAUUGAGAAUGAGAAUGGCCAAACACGUGGUAGAGGCAGUCGUUACAAACGCCAAAAUGCCAUUCAAGGAUUCAAUGAUUCUGUUCAUUACGAUAAAAUCAUGGAUAAAUCUACAACCCCCGGUAGCGAUGUGUACUACAUUCGUUUCGACAACGACGACGCAAAAAGAUCAGUCCACAACGGCGAAUUAAAAUACAAAAUUUAUAAAUUAAAACAAAAACACCGUAAUGCAACAAAAAAGUAUGCAGAUGAAAAUAACAAAAACCAUUUCAGUGUCCAUCACAGGCAUCGGGGAGAUAGUCAUGCCCUAGAAAGCAAAUAUGAGAAACAUAUUUGGGACGAUGAUCACCAACCCGAAAAGCAGGUUAAUAACCACAUAUCGGAAGAUGAUACUGGCUACCACACUGGUGAAAACGUACCACCAUUGGAACAGACUAAAGAGGUUGAUGCUUAUGCCCAAGUGAACUCAAAUGCGAGUCAAAGUAGCGCUUUACAACGAGUGAAGCGCAAAUCUGGCAAAACAACCGGCGCUCUUAGUCGUCCCAAGGGUGGUGGCGAUUCCAGUUCUAAAACAACAAGUCGCAAAGAUAAAGGAAUUUUCGAUGAAGACGGUGGCUAUUCCCCUGUGCACCCCGAUGAGGGCGAGUCCGAUGAAGAGGAUGAGGAGGAAGAAGAAAUUGAUAUUCAACAACAAUUUACGGAAGUAUCUGAAAUUCGUUUCCCUGGUGAGAUUGGACCAUUGGGCGAUCGUCGUCUGUGUAAAAUACGGUGUGUCAAAGGCAAAUGGGUGGGUCCACUGUGUGCCACAAAUGAGGAGGAUGAAAACGGAAAUGUGAAAUUUCAGCCGUUAUACAAAUCAUGCCACGUCCAAAGAAUUCCGCCACAUUUGUUGUUGAGUUAUCGUAACAUCUCUGUGACCCCCAUCUACCGUUCUCGUCGCAAUCGUACGUCCAAAUCGAAUUUUAUUUCCAAUACACAAAUUAAUGUGGGAUGGGAUCUACCACAUGGCCAUUCGCUGCAGGCUAGAUGCAAAGAUUUGGGUAUGUACAAGCUGCUGGGGGAAUCAAGGGUCUUGUGCUCAAAUGGUUUGUGGGCUCCACGCAUGCCAUCAUGCGUGCCCACCACCUUACUUACCAAUUUCUCGGACGAUAGCGCACCCUCUAUUAAAUACCGCAUAUUAAAUGGUUCAGGGUCCUUUGAACCUUCUGGAGUGCUAGCCGUAUUGCCGCACAGCACAAUAUUUCUGGACUGUAUGUACCCUCGCGUGCGUGGGAUCCCCGAGUGGACAUGGACUAGUUGGUAUAUGCAAUAUCAAACGGGUUGGAACCACGAAGACAAAAAUCUCCGUUAUCGCCUUACUAUUAAAGACAUUGAAAGCAAUGAUUCUGGCACAUUUACUUGCACUUCGCCCAGAGGAUUAACCAACAGCAUUAGUAUUGCUGUGGCUACAUCCACUUGCCCGCAGCUUCCAGAACCGGCGCCUCCGCUCUCCUUACGCUUAGAAGGUAACAAACUUGGCCAAAGGGCCAUGUAUCGUUGUCCACCUGGUUUUCGAGUGGAUGGCGUUGUAAAUGCAACAUGUUUAGCUUCCGGCAAUUGGUCAUCGCCGCCACCUAAUUGUCAAGCUGUUCAAUGCCCACGUUUGAUUUUAGAUGAUCCCCACCUAAGUUUGGUAGAAUUGAAUACAUCUGCUUGGGGGCGGGCGGUGUUCAAAUGUCAGUGGGGCUUUAAAUUGACCGGUCCACCGGGUUUGGAAUGUGAUCCGACGGGCGUGUGGAGUGGCCCAGUUCCCAGGUGCAAAGCAAUCCAGUGUCCAACCCCAGUAGCCCCCUUAAAUGGAAGGAUUGGCGGUACAAACGUUAACCAAAGGCGUCUCAUCGUUGGAGCUCUGAUCACAUUUAGUUGCAAUGAAGGGCAUACGCUUGUCGGGGAACCCAGCAUAAUCUGCACAGAAAGUGGUUUGUGGUCUCAUCCACCACCAUUUUGUAAAUCUCAGUGCCCUUAUCCUGGCGAUCCACCCAACGGUUUACUGGCUCCAUUGAAGUUUAGCUACGAGUCUGGUGACUACAUAAGCGUUCAGUGCCGCCCUGGCUAUGUUCAAUUUAGUGAUAACGGUGGACCUCCUGAACGCCCCAAGUGUCAACCAGAUGGCAAUUGGUCUAGUCCCGUACCCAGGUGUCGUAGUUAUGAAGAAGUGUAGCUGAAAAAGAUGGCUAAUGUAAUGGAUUCUUCGGCCAACUAUUAAUAUUACAAAAUAGUUUCCCCAUAUUAGUUUAUAAAUUUUAUACAAUAUUACACAAUUCUAGACCUAUAGUAUUACAUUUCAUGGACCCCACACUAACUUAACUACUAAACAAUUAUUUUUGGAAUUGUAUACAAUAGAUAAUUCAAGAAAGUUAAUUUCAAGGUACAAAAAUUCGGGGUAAAGUUGGUUGUACACUAGAGUAUUUUAAAAAUAGUUCGUAGUUAUGGCUGGUACUACAAUAUAUUCGUUUUUCACAGUUAAAAACACGCGAUUACUUUUUUGGAACACUACAAAAAUUUCAAUGAUAACAUACAUUUAUUAAAAUUGUGCGAAUGUCCUAUUGAGUGAAAUGUUGCAAAUAGCGAACGUAGUACCACCCAAGCUAUAAUCUUUUGCAGGUAGUGGCAGUUGUCCAACAACAAAAUAUUGAGUGCACUAUCUGUCAAAAUCAAUGAUUAGUGCAACUCUGAUUUUGAGUAGAUUACCAGUUCGCACAAUUUUCCGUUUUUUUUUUUUUUGUUAUGGUUCUUAACAAUAACACACACACACAGCCAAAACUCGUUGACAGAUAGUGCACUUCGCGAUAAAAAAUUGUACUCAGCUGUUUACAGUACACUACCUGGUAGUUAUGUCAUGGUACCACCUAUUAAUUAAACGCGUGUACAUUUGUUUUGAUAUUUUUCACUGACCGUUGAUUCUCAUAUUUAUGAGGGUUACCACAGAUUUGAGUAGGAGAAGUUAAAUUUAAUAUGCAUAAAUUCCAAUAAGAUGUUAUCGGCUUCUUGGAUUCGAAAUACUCGCAGAUCACUUGACUAGUUGUUUAUAUAACUGCUAUCUAUGCUUAAGACCUUCCGCUUAUGCCAAAAAACUGCUGGGGGUUCAAAUUUUUAAGUACGAUCUGCUUUCGAAAUAGUUGGUAUCAAAUUUAACACUUUAACACAUCUUUAUUUGUUUUGAACAAGUUAAAAUUUUUGUACCAACAAAAUAUCCAUGUUCCACUAGUAUUAAGUGUUUCUAAUUAUUGCUAUGAACAUUAAAUUAUUUCAAACAUUCCUUCAUUUAUAAAUGUUUUAUAUGUAGUUUGACAUAUACAUUUUUUUUGUGUUUUCUUGUUUGUGUUUUUCACAGAAUGUUCUUAUAGAAAGCUGCGCACAUAUAAUUUUUGGAAAUUCAAAAUUGUUUGUCAAAAAGGCUGUCAAUUUUUUGAUUCUUUGUUUACGUAUCACUGCUUUACGUUUUCUCUUGUUUGUGUCAUUUCGUAUUGAAAAAAAAACCCUCAAGAGGGCAUGUACACCGAUCCGAAUCGAAUCGGGACUCAAAUUAAAUGUAUCUAGGAGUACAUUAUCAGGCUUGUUCCGAUAGAACCAAUCGCAAGAAUUUUGUGAAAGACGCUUAAAAAAAUAAAAAUUCGUGAAAAACAUAAAAAAAUGUCUAUUGAUAAAAUGAAAGGAAAGCGCCGCAGCCUUUAUUUUUUCUUUAGAGAUAUUUUAGAGCUUAAUACAUUUUUUUUGCAUAUCCAUUGUAAUUUACUCGCUAAUACCUUUCAUUUUGUAUCCAUAUUGCCUAGGAUGGGGGAAAGUGCUCCCCCCAAGAGGAGGGUUUUUGUCCAGGGUCUUUGCUUCAAAAACGGACUUCAGAUUGGUGUUCCUGGGGUCAAAGCAUGUCGGCAUACCAAAUUUCAGCGAAAUCGAAUGUCUGCACUAUAAAGUGCAGUUUUACCCACAUUCGUUUGUGUCUUUGCAAGACGUUUUCUAUUGAAUCUAGCAAUUUGGUCUAUUGCUGUAUUCUAGCCAUUUUUAACAGCUACUAAAACUCUGCGUUUGCCGAAAUGUGUCUGUCAAAACAACAAAUGGUGGGGAAGCAAAAUAAGGUUUUCGUCAAGGCGAAUUAAAAAAGGUGGUCUCACGCGAACAGCCGUUAACAACUGGCCAGGUUUGACGGCAUUAAGAUGAGAGAUUUUUGUUUGCAUUCUCUUUGUUGUUAUCUUCUUUCUCGCAUAUUCUCUGCUCAUGUACGCACACGUAUACACACGCGCACACAAAUUUCUUUGUGUGUGUUGGGAAAACUACGAUCAGCUUGAUGACAAGAUGUCAGAUUGCACCAUAUGAUUUGUGGUUGGUGCACAAAUGAGACCACCUUUAAUUAUUUCGCCAUGGGUUUUCGCUUUGCAUUUUAACAUCAUAGGAUCCCAGAACAAAAAUUAAUAACAUUGUAUAAUAAUAAUUAAAUUUAAAAUCACUUUUACACUACAGUACACAUUUGCGAUAACCUCCAAAACUCGUUUACACUACGAUUAAAGUGAUUUGCAUUCGUCAACAGCAUCAAAUAAGUAGAUUUGCCCACACUAAAAGUGUAUGGGAAAACUCGUUGCAAAACACGAGAUUUCCGAAAUCUCGUCGCAAAUCUAGAUUUGUUCCAAGCCUAAACAUGGUUUUAACGUUUCUUCUAAAGCACAUAAAAAGUAAUUGACACACAUGUAUGUUAGGGUAUGCAAUUUGGCAAUAAUAUAAAUGAAAACCGUAGAAUCAACCCAUGGAAAUCGGAACAGGCCUGUAUGUAUUUUGGAGUAGAUCCCCACCCCUAUAUGUAAAAGAAAGGAGACCAAAUGAAGGGCAUCGCGGAUUUAAUUUUACUAUAAUUGGACAAAAUAUUAGCCAAAAUUAGAAUAGCGAUCCAAGCGCCUCGGUCUUCUGCGCUUCUUCUAAAAUCUCGUUCACCACUUGGUCUUUCCAUCGGAAUUUUGGUCGUCCGGUUUGCGUGGAGCUUAUUCAUUCUGCCAAUGUGACCUAGACAACUCAACCGUUGUCUUUUUAUAGGCUUAACUAUAGCAACGUCGUCAUACUGCUAAUACGUUUCGUGGUUUAUACGACGCCUGAUACUCUCCCUCAAUGCAAACUGGUUUACGAAAAAUCUUUCUCUACGCAUCCUCUGCUACUCAUGCAUACCCCUUAUCAGCGUGUCGCCUCCGGUCUUAAAUACUUCAGCGGGCAACCCAUCGGUUCCUGCUGCCUAGUUGUUUUUUAGCCGGGUCACAGCUACUUGGACUUCACACUGACUAGGAAGUAAACAUUCUAUACCAUCAUUAGAGAUUGGUUCUAUUUAAUUCUUUGGUGGAAUUUCCGGACUUCACUCAGCCUUCACUCUGUCUCCUGUACAUCUCAAUUCGCUCACGUCUUUCCUAUUCCUUUUUUUCCUCUCUCCUUUUCUCUUGAUACCUCUCCUUCAUCUGGCAUGUUGCCACUGAUUGCAGAGUUGCUUUGUAUGCCGUAUUCUUAGGUUCAGUAGCAUUUCGACACUUUUGGUAGUACCAUGGGUUUCUUAAUGGAUUGCCACUGCGCCAUUAUAUAAUAGGGACAAGGAGUAUUUUCAUUAAUCAGUUGGAUCAGUCAAGUAUGGCGUUGCUUUUUAACUCUAAGCAUUCGUCCAGUGUCAGAUCGUACUUUUCUCGCCAUGCUCAAAGGAAUCUUCGCCGCAAAAAAAGUAAUAAUCUACAUUUAUGUUCGCUCCACGGAUCGAUUAUACAUCUAAAACGCUGUAUAAAUGCCUUCCAUCCACCACAAGGUGAUCAAUUUGGUUCCUUACUUCUUACCAUGUGGGUUUGUGAAUUUUUUUAUGUUGAGAUCGCACAUGUUAUGUGGGAUCGCACAUGUAACCCUCGAUAUGGCGAACCGCUUGCUCCACGAUCCGAUGCUCGCGUCCAGCCGCCCCUAACUUGGGAACAGACACUGAUGUUGGCCAUUGGUUUUUUGAAGUCGCCAAUAACUCGCCUUGUCGUAGAGAGUAUCAUUGGCACUCAUUAUUUAAGUAAGAGUCAAUGCCACCUAACCCCUCACUUAAGGCGCUAUUACAGGGCAGGUAGAUGUCUUAUGACAUGUCACUUUUUGUAUUCACCUGUAAUUGAAAAGGUUUACCAAAUUGUCAAUUUACAUACGAUUCAUCUUUUUUUCUAUCGCAUCAGUAUGUUAUUUUCGUAUGACUUAACCUAAAAAUUUUAGCAAAAGCUGAUUUUUUAUGCGUUGUAAUUGUUAAAGUUGUGAGAAAACAGGUUAAAUCACAAACUUGUGAAAACAGUUUAAUUUGGAUCGCUUUCAUUUCACUGGCAACAAAAACAGCAGUCAGAAGGAAUAAAACUCACUCUAAUCGAAAAAAAUACAUGUGCUUUUUAAAAAAGUGAUUUUGAUAUGUUAGUUUCGUUUGUAUCACACGACAUGUAGAAGUCUAGAGCCUUUAGACUCUCCUCUCAAAAUCGACAUCGCGAAAGGGCCGCCUCUCAAUACAAAUUUUUUUACAAACAUGCCUAUAAUUAACAAAAUUUCUAAAUAUUGUACAGUGCAUAAAAUAUCCGUCAAAAACUUGUUUUGUGUGCGAGAAAGCUUUAAUAGUUUCAAAGAUUUUCUACUUACUGUUGUUGUUGUUGUUGAAGCCGCAUAUGUAGCUGCCGUUGCAGCCAAUCCGUAUGGAGCAUUCCACUAUUCAUAACCUGUGGACGCGCCCGGUAGCUUGCCACUGAGCUGUUGUUAUAUAUGUGAGCUGACGUUAUAUAUACAUACAUAUAGAUAGCGUUUUAAAAUAAAUAUACUGUAUGUUAUAUAUAAUUGUCUGUAUUAUAUAUACAUAUGAAAUGUUGUUUGUUUUUGAGCGUGUAUUUUUUGUUUGUAUGCGAUGUACCUACAUUACAUCUGGCUCUGAAAAUUCUGAAAUUUUAUUUUAUAUUCUAAUUCUAAAAGAACAUCAAUAGUCAUCAAUAGAACAUCCAGGUGGUUCUACAAUGUCUGAUUGUACAACUGCGGUAUUGUUCGCAUUUUCGUCAUCUUGGGACAGCAGUUUGUUCCAAACAUUGCGUAACAUUUGUAGUGUUACCUUGUCCCAAUAUAUAGCAGCUAUCCAAAAAACUGUCUUAAUACUCAAAGACUUGGUGAAAUCAUGUCUGCUUUUUGGACGAUUAAUUUUCGGUAAUUGCGCCUAAAGCUUCGAAUUACCCCAUGAUCCCCAUGAAGAAAUUUUACUGCAACGUUUUCAGAUUUCAGAACUGGGUGUGCUGAAAAAUUAUCUAGAAGCAAACACACUUUGCAGUUCCUACCGAAGCCAAUGUUUUGUAGAUGUUCUCUUACUUCUGAUACAAAAUUGUUGUUGAACCACUCGGGGAAAAUGUCUUGUGUUACCCAGGCUCUCUUAUUUGGUUUAUAAUUUACAGGAAGGUUGGAACAUUUUUUAAUGCUCUUGGAUUGGCACUUUUUCCUAUUACCAUCAGUUAGCAUCUGUGUGUCCCAGCUGCAUUACCAUAAAGCAAAACUGUUAUUAUCUCCUUGGAUGCUUUGACCCAUCGAUGGACAAGUCUUUACCAGUGACCAGCGAAGUCUGAGGCAGAUACUUCCAAGAAAGCUUUGAUUCAUCGGCGUUACAAAUUUGUUCAGUUGACAGAUUUUCACUUUCAAUAUAUUCUCGUAAGUCUUCUAUAAAAAGUAUAACUGACUCAGUAUCAGCGCAUUCUUUUUCCCCUGCCACUUUGUGCCUGCGAAUUCCGUGUCGUUUUUUAAGUUUUCUAGCCAACCAGUUGAGUACUUGCAUUCCGCAUUUAUGUUUAGUUUUUCAUAAAAAUAUUUCGCAUUUUUAGUUAUAAUUUCACCCAAAAUUCACAAUCAAAUUUUAUGUCAGGCAGUAAAAUUUUUAAAUUUGAGUCAACUCACCUUAAAUUGGGAUUCCCUUGAACCUUCCGUAUGUUGCGAAAUCAACUUUUGGAUACUCAGAUUGUUUUAGUGUAUCUCUUUUUUUCAAAGCAUCUAUGUAUAGAUUUAAAAUUGUUUCCUUAUUUUUUGUUAAAAUGCGUACAGUUUGUUUGCCAACACCGUAUUUUUCUGAUAACAAACCAAUGGACAUAUUUUUACUGUGAUCUUUAAUCAGUUCUUAUUUUUCCUGAAUUAAAAGAACUUUACGUGCUCUUUUUUCUCCUUUUUUGUUGGAGCCAUUUUCGAACAAACACCUUGACCGGUCAUUUUUCAAUUGGCGACUGAAUAAGAUUUAAUAUUCACCUUAAACUAAAACUAAAAAGGGGAAUCCCAGAAUUUCACGCCAAGUAGUCAUGUGUGUGGUAUUGACGCACGGAUAACAGAGGUAAAGCUCGGUUAAUAGAGGUUCAAAAUCAAAAGCACAGCAAGACGGUUUACAGGGGUAAACGGUUAAUAGAGGCCUGGAUAAUCGAGGUUAAACUGUAUUAACUUAAUUUUUUUGCAGUCUUAUUUGCACCGUUACAAUAAAUUUCAUUGAGUCUCGAACAAGCAUCGCGUAGUGUAACAAACUUAUGAGUGUUCUCAUUCUUAUUUAAUAUGUGUAUGUUUAUGGCUACAACCGAUUUUACCCUCCGACGGUUGAGUCACCCGUUGCCGAAGUGCAAGGUCCUUUGGACCCUGUACUUUUUGAAUGGAAUAUUAUAUGAUACAGCUUUUUUUUUUAAAUUUUUAAAUUGAACAAGGUCAAAAAUGUAAAACAAAAGAAACGACACCAAAGAUAUAACAAAACCACUUCACUAUUUGGUCGAGAUUACCCGUUUGUAUUUAUUUAUUGGUUAAGAGUCUUUGUGGAAAAAACUUUAACAUUUCUUUAAAUCUAUUUGUAAAUAUUUCCUAAGUCUUACUGUUAUUAAUUAUGAUAAACAUUCUGCCAUGAAUGUAUUGAGAAUGUGAUGUAAUGUUAUAACAAGAACACUCUAGAUUAUAAUAAAGAUUUGUAAUUAUCAAAAAUAUAUGAAUGCAUGAAUGUGUGUGUAA